CGCGGCCCCGGCCUCCCCCGGCAGCGCCGCGGCCAAUGGGCGUGUGAGUGGGGCGGCCCGAGCCUUCCUUCGCCAGCCGGGCGCGCCCCUCGCUGGGGAGGGGACAGCGGCUGCGGCGCUGCGAACCCCUACUGCCCCGCCACCAUCCUCUGCUCGCGACCAUGGCGCACGGUGGCCGCCUGGGACUCGCCCUGGGGCUGCUGCUGCUGCUGGCGCUGGCGCUGACGCUGCGAGCCAAGCCCACCGUGCGCAAGGAGCGCGUGGUGCGGCCCGACUCGGAGCUGGGCGAGCGGCCGCCCGAGGACAACCAGAGCUUCCAGUACGAUCACGAGGCCUUCCUGGGCAAGGAGGACUCCAAGACCUUCGAUCAGCUAAGCCCGGAGGAGAGCAAGGAGAGGCUGGGGAAAAUAGUUGAUCGAAUUGACAGUAAUGGAGAUGGCUUCGUCACCACUGAGGAGCUGAAAGUCUGGAUCAAACGGGUACAGAAAAGAUACAUCUAUGAUAACGUCGCUAAAGUCUGGAAGGAUUAUGAUAGGGACAAAGAUGAAAAAAUCUCCUGGGAAGAAUACAAGCAGGCUACCUAUGGCUACUACCUAGGAAACCCCGCUGAGUUCCAGGAUAGUUCUGACCAUCACACCUUUAAAAAGAUGCUGCCACGGGAUGAGAGAAGGUUUAAAGCUUCAGACCUUGAUGGUGACCUGACGGCUACUCGGGAGGAGUUCACUGCCUUUCUGCACCCAGAGGAGUUUGAACACAUGAAGGAAAUUGUAGUUUUGGAAACACUGGAGGACAUCGACAAGAACGGGGAUGGUUUCGUGGACCAGGACGAAUACAUUGCGGACAUGUUUUCCCACGAGGACAACGGCCCUGAGCCAGACUGGGUUGUGUCCGAACGGGAGCAGUUCAAUGAUUUCCGAGAUCUGAACAAGGAUGGGAAGCUGGACAAGGAGGAGAUUCGCCACUGGAUCCUCCCUCAGGACUAUGACCACGCACAGGCUGAGGCCCGGCACCUGGUUUACGAGUCAGACAAAAACAAGGAUGAGCUGCUAACCAAGGAGGAGAUUCUAGACAACUGGAACAUGUUUGUGGGAAGCCAGGCUACCAAUUACGGGGAAGAUCUCACAAAAAAUCACGAUGAACUAUGAAAGACCCUCGUCCUGAUGCGGCCGAUCCUCAGGGGCGUUCUUCAGGUGUCCUGGGCGUUGUGACAGUUUCAGAUGUGUCCCUCAACCAUGAGAUUACACCUCAGAUUGGGGUAAAAA